AUGAUUCUCAACCAUUUCCUCCUCGCCGCCCUCUUCACUCUGGGCUCAGUCGUCGCCAAUCCGGUGCCCAGCCUCGAGAAUGUCGAGCUCGAGGCCAGAGACCUCGACAUGAGCCACGGGGCAGAGCUCUUUACCCGCGACGAGCCCGAAGGAGCCCUCUUUGCCCAGGUCGCCACCGCCACCACCGCCACCACGGACACCACGGACACCACGGACAUCACGGACAUCACGGACAUCACGGACACCAUCACGGACACCACCAUCACCACCAUGGACACCACGGUCACCAUCAUGGACACCACGGACACCAUCACGGACAUCGUCACGGGCACCAUGGACACGGCCACCGCCACCACUAAAGCAAUGCCGCCCAGGGCCAGAAGUGCAGCCGCAUCUUCUAGGUACUAG